UGUUAGAGCUCGCUCGCUCGCUCGCGCGCGCGCUCUCUCUCUCUCCCUCCUUAUGUCUAAUUCGUCUCGCGCUGCCGCUGCCUUUGCCGCCGUUGUUAUUCGCGUCUCCUCGGAGCCCGCGUGAGCUCUUUACAAGGGGCGAGCGCGAGGCUGUUCUCUCUGCCUCCGGCGCUGCCGUCGCCGCCAGGGAGCCGUUGCCAUGGCGGGGGGGCUGGCUCGCGCUGCUCUCCGCGCCCUCCCCCCGCCCGUUGGGCUGGCGCUGCUGGCGCUGGUGCUCGGGGGCCAACGGGGGGCCCAAGCUUUAUUGUGUUUGUGCUCUGACUGCAAUCAAGCCAAUGCCACAUGCGAAACAGAUGGUGCCUGUAUGGUCUCAAUAACAAAUGUGAAUGGAAUGAAGCAUCACACCCGGACAUGUAUUCCUGAAGUAAAGUUGAUUCCUGCUGGAAAACCAUUUUUCUGCCUUAGUUCAGAAGCUGUACGCAACACACAUUGUUGCUACUUUGACUACUGUAACAAAAUUGAUCUUAUGGUACCCAGCGGACAUUGGAAGGAUAAUGAAACUUCUUCAAUCUGGGGACCUGUGGAACUGGUGGCUGUCAUUGCAGGACCUGUCUUUCUUGUGUUCAUCAUUAUGAUUAUACUAGUUUUUGUCUUCCAUCAUCAUUCACGUGGAUACCACAAUCGUCAGCGAUUGGACAUGGAGGAUCCAUCUUGUGAGAUGUGUCUAUCCAAGGACAAGACUCUGCAAGAUCUAGUCUAUGAUUUGUCUACUUCUGGCUCUGGCUCAGGCUUACCACUGUUUGUCCAGCGUACUGUGGCUCGAACAAUUGUCCUCCAGGAAAUCAUUGGCAAAGGUCGCUUUGGGGAAGUGUGGCGUGGACGAUGGCGUGGUGGUGAUGUAGCUGUGAAAAUUUUCUCAUCACGGGAAGAGCGAUCAUGGUUUAGAGAAGCUGAAAUCUAUCAAACAGUCAUGUUGCGCCAUGAGAACAUUCUGGGAUUUAUUGCUGCAGACAACAAAGAUAAUGGCACUUGGACACAAUUAUGGUUGGUCUCUGAUUACCAUGAGCAUGGCUCUCUGUUUGAUUACCUCAACCGAUAUACUGUUACUAUUGAAGGGAUGAUUAAAUUGGCUCUGUCUGCUGCCAGUGGUUUGGCACAUCUGCACAUGGAAAUUGUGGGGACUCAAGGAAAACCUGGGAUUGCACAUCGUGACUUGAAAUCCAAAAAUAUAUUAGUGAAGAAGAAUGGAACUUGUGCCAUUGCAGACCUUGGUCUAGCUGUCCGCCAUGAUUCUGUUACUGAUACAAUUGAUAUUGCCCCUAAUCAGAGAGUUGGAACAAAACGUUACAUGGCCCCUGAGGUUCUUGAUGAAACAAUAAACAUGAAGCAUUUUGAUUCAUUUAAGUGUGCAGAUAUCUAUGCCCUUGGCCUGGUUUACUGGGAAAUUGCGCGCAGGUGCAACUCAGGAGGUAUUCAUGAAGAAUAUCAGCUCCCAUACUAUGACCUUGUGCCCUCUGACCCGUCCAUUGAAGAAAUGCGAAAAGUGGUAUGUGAACAGAAACUACGACCGAACAUUCCCAACUGGUGGCAGAGUUAUGAGGCUUUGCGAAUUAUGGGAAAAAUGAUGCGAGAGUGCUGGUAUGCCAAUGGAGCAGCACGGCUAACAGCUUUACGCAUCAAGAAAACUCUUUCUCAACUCAGUAUCCAGGAAGAUGUGAAAAUUUAGACUGCAAGCACCAUCUUGAGGAAAGUGCACAAAAAGCUGCCAUGCGAGAAUUGAUGUGGUGAAGAAGGCCUACCUCGUCUUUGUAUUCAGCCUGCUGCUAUCAACUGAACAGCUUGGCCUGCAGGUGGCCAGGUGAGGAGGAUCGACAUUAGAGACUUCACUCAUUUCCUCAUUCAAGAGUGAAACGCAUCUUUUUUGAAUUUCCUCUCCAGAGCGUUCUGAGGGGCUUGUAUAGGAGAAUGUCAGUCACAAUAUAACCUUGUUUCUCUUAUGGAAAUCCCUGUAAAUUUGAGUUAUGUGCUGAUUAGGGAAAGCCUUAUGGCUUGGGAGAAGAUGAUACUUUCUUGUGGAUUAAAAAGUGUGGCAAGGGGAAGGUUUUGAGGACUGACAUGUACACACAGGCACCUUGUGUGCACUUUGUCUGGCCAGAUAGUGGCCCUUUUCUAGCUCAGUAGAUCCUAAGCCAGAACUACAGCGUGUGCAUGUGCAAAGGUGUGCAUCCCUUUGCCCUGUAGGUGUGUAUUGUGUCUGCUUGUGCUCCUGUGCAUGUUGAAAAUGUAGAGUGUCCUUUUGUGAAGUGCAGGUGCUAAUUCCCUAUUUCUCACUAGCUGAUAAUGAGCUGUCUUCUCACUAGAAAGGAGUAGGGUUCUGCCCUGGUAAAUAGUAGACUUUUGGGGGGCACCAUACAAAUGGUUCCACUGCCAUUCUACCCCUCUCUUUUUUUAAAGCAGGGAAAAUACUUUGAUUGUGCGUGUUUGUUUUUUAGUUUAAAAUUCUCCCAUAAUGGGUAGCAAUGAUUACCUAGCAAGCAGAAAGAAUUGUGGAAGAAUUGGGUAUCUGCUGAAAUUGGUGCUUUCCUAGUUAAAGAAAGACAAACAAAAUUGACCAUAUAGGAUCAUUGCCCUUCCAUUUCUCAAGGUGCCUUUGGCAGAACAACUCUGGUGUUUUACAUUUCUCUGCCGAAUGAAAUGGCUAUGGAGAAAUAUGCACUCAGAGACUUCCUGGCAACAUUUGUCCUUUCAAGGAACAAUGACUGCAAAAUAAAGCUGAUGUGUGUGUGUGCGUGUGUGUGUAUGUGUGUGUGUACGUACGUUUAUGUGUAUAUAGAUAGAUAAAUAUAAUAUGAUCUCCCUUAUUCUGGAAGCUACUUUGUGUCACUUGGG